AUGAAGAAAUCAGGUCCUUUAAUAUUACAGUCCAAUGGAAUGAGCAGUAUAGCAGCGUCUUUUACAUCAACACAAAAUGGCUUAGAAAAGUGGAAACUUGAACGCGAACUUCAACAAAUUGAAUGCGAGGAAUCCUUUAUCCGAACAAACAAGGGCAAAGAAAUUCAUGAACUUAAAGAUCUGGCUUUAAAGUACCUAGCAACAGGCUGCGUUUUUAAACAACAUAGAUUUGAGAAAUAUGACCCCUUUCGAAAAGAAGAAAAAGUGCGUCAGGACAGAAGACAACUUCAGAGCCAACGAUGUAAUCAAAAGAGUGUAUCUGGAAAGAAAACAAAUGAAAAAAGAAUAAUCAUAUCACCAAGACUGCAUAGAAGCAAAACAAUGAUAGACGAAAUUGUUCAUAAAGAAAAGACACCUUCAUGCGGAAGAGUACAUACAAGUUUACCAGACAUAUCCAAACCAUUGGAAAUGAUUGCAAUAGACACCGAUUGUAGGGAGAAAGAUGUAUUGGAUCAAAUGCGAAGUAAAAGUGUCUCAGAAUGCGAUGAUGAAAAUAAUACUCAGAUUAAAAUGUCUGCGUGCUUAUUACCGACAAUAAAGCGUGUUGCAUUAUGGGAACAAUCUAGCAAAGAUCACAAGGAGGAAGAGAAAAAGGAAAGGAUACGACAUAAAAAAUAUCAGCCGAAUCUGAAAGAGGAGUUCAAAAUGAUGUUUCCAGGAAAUUGCAAAACAACAUAUUCAAUGAGAAAAUUUAUAGAUAAAGAAACUAAGAAUGUUAUUCGUGAUAUAGACACGAUUCCAAGGAAACGAAACAGCAAGGAGCAGGAACACUUAAUUAAAAAGUCUCAGUUACCGGAAUUUAUUGACAGAAACAAAACAACGUCUGCCAUUCUAAGAGACUUUCGGUCCAUUAAAAAAUCUCUGAAUGAUGACAAUAAAUUCGAAAAAAAGAUAGGAAAAGAUGAUAAUUACAGUCAUGUGCUACGCUUUCUCGAGCUUGCAGAGUCGUUUGAAGACUAA